AGCACCUUGAUGGAUAAGGUGGAUGAGUUAAAGCAGCACAUCCGGGGUUUAAUAAGGGAUAGACAGCAGGAUUUACUGUUAGCAGCCCCGGGUGUCCCAGGGAGAGCUAGUACCCCCUCGACUCUGGCCUUAGACCUCUCACAGUUGGGCAAAUGGGCAGCAUAGGUGAAGGGCUAAGGCUAAUGCUAACAGAAAAGGCUACAGCCAGCGCACCUGAACACCAUGCUCCCCCAGUUCACGUGUCAAACAGGUUUGCCCCGCUCAGUGAAGCACCCACUGAGGAGCCUGUUAAAAGGUACUCUGGUGAUAGGAGACUAUCGUCCGACACGUGAAAUUAGCUACUCCUUUAGGGGCACUAGCGGCAACAGUUACUUGUUUACCGGGAGCCAGAGCACCGGACAUUAGUGGCAACCUUAGGCUAUUAGGGAAUAGGAGAUAUUUGAGGGUAGUCAUUCAAGUAGGCGCCAAUGAUAUUAGUCUGCGGCAAUCUGUAGUAACUAAGGCUAAUAUUAAAGAGGUGAUUAAACAGGCCGAGACGCUGUCCGAGGAGGUAAUCUGCUCUGCCCCCAUCCCAGUGAGGCUUGGUGAUUAAGUUUACUGCAGGAUUUCUUCACUGAACCGCUGGAUGUCCAAGUGGUGUGCAGAAAAUCAUGUGGGCUUUUUAGAUAACUGGCUAUAGUUUGAGGGCAAGCCUGGUCUUUUAGGUAGGGAUGGUGUCCACCCCACAUGGGAGGGUGCUGCCUUACUUCCAUGCAGCAUAGCACAGUCUUUUAGCUAGUUGGCAGAGUAGUGUUAGAAGCUGCUGGCAAUCCAGAGCCAGGACCAGGUCUGGAACCAGCGAACCUGUGAUGCGAGCGGCCAAAGGGCGGGGCGGUGAAGCGUCUCCGGGGCAAAGUUGUUUACAAACCUCACCUGCAUUUACAGCGAAGAGCAGCAGAAACAGCUAAAUGAAUGAAAAUUAAUCAACAGUGGUCCACCGAAGAAAGCAGCACAAGUUUUAAAAGGAGCUCGGGUUCCGCCAUGUUGUUUUCAAAUCGCCGGCCCAACUACAUACGUAGUGAGUGACUCCUUGAAGCAAUGGAAAAAUGGGCAGAUUCUUAAAAGGUUCGCAGGAACCGGCUCCGGCACCAGCACUUUUUUGGUGGAAAAGAGGUGUGUGUUACCUUUUGGCUCUCUCUUUAGUUAGGCUGUUUUUUCAGAUCUGCUGGAAUCCUUAGAUAAUUACACUCUGAUAAAAUGUUGCAUAUUUUCUGUUCUACAUAAAUCCAGUCAAAAAUAAUUCCAUCACUCUGCCUUCCUCCAAGUUACUGACUGCCCACCUGUCUGACCCGAUACCGAUGGAUGUUGGACCCUCAGGAUCUUCUGUCCCCUGUCCAGCCAGACUGAUGGAAGUUUGUGGAAGCCAGCAUUCCCCAUGACCCACCACAGAUCAGCUACCCAUCAUCCAGAUUUUGCAACACAUCUCGGACAAGUUGUUCACUCUCCAUCACCGAUCACAUCCAAAUUUUAUAUGAACUCUAACUGCUUUCAUUGCUGGUGUUGCUAUACACUUUAAUAUAUUACCCCCGUGUGGACUUGACUUUUUUUUUUUAUUUACAUUUAAAAUUACAUUUAAAAACUGUCUGACCAGUGGUAGGAUGCUCCCCCUUAUAUAUGAGCCUUGGUCCUCCAAUGGUUUCUUCCACCUCUGCUUUGAGGUGCUUUUCUGUUUCCUUGCCUCCGUGCUCACUUGGGGUUCUGUAUUUUUUAUGUUUAAUGUUUUGCCUGAUUCUCUCUUCUGUGAUCACAUUUCUGUAAAGCUGCUGUAUGACAUCAGUUAGUUCCAGUACUUUGUUUUGCAGUGUCUAGUCAACAAAGCGGAAUGAAGCCUCGUUAUUGAUUGUCAGCCACUGUCAAUUGUGGACAAUAAUGGCUUCAAUGCUUUUAUCAAGCUUUUGGACUCUACGUACAUUGUUCCAGGCAGGAAGCAUUGAAGGAGAAACUGGAUUAGAAAUACAAGGUGACCAAGGACAAAUGAUAUAGCUGAGAUGGGAGGGAAAGUCUCAGCUGUCAGCCUAACAGCUGAUCUGUGGACAUCCAUUAACAUGGAUGCUUACCUUGCUGUGACCGGUCACUAUAUUACAGGUACGGCUAAGCCAGGGGUGUCCAAACUUUUUUUGUUGGGGGCCAGAAGGAAAAAUAUAUUUGAAGUCAUGGGCCACACUCUGUAAUAAAAGAAAUAAUGAAAUAUACCACUUUAAAUAAUACAUUUUCCUGAUUAUUUCAUUUACACACCAUUUUACAUGACUCACUAUCUUUAUCUUUGACAGUGUUGUGUAAACUAAGAUUUUUCAAAUUGAUGUUUAAUUUCAUUAUGUCUCUUAAUAUUAAACUCCUUAAUUACGGCAACUUUUAGACUCUUUGGCCCGUUUUUCUGCGCUAGAAAUGCGCACCCUCUCCGCUUUUAGACUCUUUGGCUCGAUUUUCUGCGCUAGAAAUUCGCACCCUCUCCGCUUUUAGACUCUUUUGCCCCGUUUUUCUGCGCUACAACUGAGCACCCUCUCUGCUUUUAGACUCUUUGGCCCGUUUCUGACACCUAGCGUUCAAACUUUGAAUCUCACAUUAUAAAAACUUGCUUGACAGCGGGCCAACUUUCAUUGUAUUUCUAAAAUACCUCGCGGGCUGCUCCAAAAAAGGAAACGGGCCGUAGUUUGGACACCCCUGGGCUAAGCUGUCCACUCUUUUUACCCAAACCCACACUGCAGCCCACCUUGCUAAAGAGCUAAAGCUAAAGAAACCCUAAUUGUUGAAUGGGUUAUAGAUCCAAAGUUAAAAGCCUGGUAAUUGACUGUGCUGCAAACAUGACUGUGCAGCUCAGUUAAAUGUGUGCCACAUCACCGGUUUUGCCCAUGUCCUGAAUUAGAUUGUGAAAAAGUCACUCACACAAACUCCUGAGCUUUAGGAAAUCCGCGCUAAAGCAAGGAGAAUAGUUGGAUAUUUGAAAUCAAGCACAACAGCUAAAGAAAAACUGUGAGAGGUUCAGGAAAUCUAAACAUAAGCUGAUACAGGACACAAUGUACACAAUUCAACAUUUUACAAAUGCUUGGGAACAACAGGAACCACUGGCAGCAUCUCUCACCAGCCUGAACACUGAUCUUGUGGUGUUCUCCUCAGAGGAAUUUAAAACAGUGUGUUCAAGUGCUCUGGUCAAUCCAGCAAGUAACAGUGGAGUUGUCUGAGGAGAAAAGAGUCUCAGGCUCUAAAGUCAUUCCUUUCGUCAAGAUGUUAAAACACUGUAGUGCCAAACAAUGUGCCCUGAACACACUUCACAUCGAUGCAACACUGGCCAACAUAAUCAAAACUAAUUUGAUUGAUAAGUUUGCAGUAAAAGAGAAGAAGACUGAACCUGUCAUUAUCAACAUUGCUUGAUCCAAGAUAUAAACAACUGAGAUUUUGUAAUUUGAGCAAUUUACAGGAUGAGCAAAACCAUGCCAGCUUCAUUGUGCCUGCAGUUCCCCAGGAAUCCAGCCAUGUGGAGGCAGAGCAACGGGCACCCAGUGCAACUGCCAGUGCUAUAGCAGAGGUGCAGAGAUACCCAAAAGAUGGACACCUGUCAAGUGUGGAGGACCCAUUGAAGUAAUAGGCUGAGCACAACACAGUGAAUCCUCACCCCAGGAGUGACCCAACUUCCGGCUUGCGUACCUGCUCGCUGUUGGUUUAGCUCGUCUCUGUUUUAGUUGUUUCUUUACGUUUUAUACUAUUUAUUAACUUUUAACUGUCUUUGCAACCUUCCCAAACCUAUAAAAUCCCCAGGUAGCUACAAAUUUCGUGUUAUUACUUCAUUGUUGCCUCUGUUCUUGUGGUUUUGUGCUUACCUCGAGGUAAUGGCGACCGUGGAGGACCGCACUCCUGAUGCUCAGCGAGGAACUCUCCCAACUGGAUCGGCAGAUCCAGCGCCUGCUCGAGAGAAGACGAGGCUGGAGGAGUCCCGUGAUGCCUCCUUCGCAGCCAUCUCCACCCCUGGAGCUGCCGGCACUGCAGAUCCCGGCGGUCGCCAUCUUCACCACCGCUCCGGGAGGGGCCUGGGAGCGCCAGCGCGGCCAAGGAAAGCGGGUUUCCCCCCUACCUUCUCAGUCGGAUUUUGCGUCUGCAAACCGGUUUGAGGUCCUCAGUUCAUAGCCGUCGCCUCCUUCACCUCCCCCAACCACUCAUAGCGGCCAGGUAUAAGUAAUGGCCAGUUUACUAGUAUACAUCGUUCCAAUGAUUUAUCUUGCCACUCUCCUGUUCAUAAAGCCAUGGGCUUAUUUCAUGUUGGUCGCCAUUUUGAAAAAUUCCUUCACGAAAACGAGGCUGUGGUGGGAGGAAUUCCGGAAGUGUCCUGCGGAGCUGCAAGAGUGGAGCACGGCGAGUCCAUUCGGCGAUACUGACAUGGCAUAUUGCUGUGUGCCAGGUUGUAAUUCCUAUAAAAGGCGAGAAACGGAUCAGCACUUGUCCUUCCAUCGGUUUCCGUGCAAUCCAGACACCCGUCGCCAGUGGAUUGUUAAAAUCAAAAGAGAUGUUGGACCCUAUUUUCAGAUCACAGACAACACAAAAGUCUGUUCCAAACACUUUUCCCAAGACUGCAUAUUAAAAUCGAUUACAGGAUUGAACAAACUAAAAACCGGCAGUGUGCCUACGUUGUUUUCAUGGUGCCAGCUCAAGACGAGGAGGACAAUAGAACGAAUCCAGAGGGGCCCAAUAGCAACAGCAUCAGAGGGGGAAUCAAUCGCAACUUGUGACUUUGAUGAAGAAGAGGAAGAAGUGCAAAUUUCAAAUCUGCAUGAGAAAGAAACUUCUAAGCAGGUCUUAGGGACACUGGGUGAUCAUGACUAUCUGGAGGAGACCCCGACUGUAGAAGAACAGCUUGAUGCAGCAAAGAGGGAGAUUGCCCGUCUGGAGGAAGAAAAUCAAAACCUGAAUUUGGAGCAAUUUCAUCUGCAACGCUUCCAGUGUGAGCCCAAAAUGAUCAUGUUUUACACUGGAUUUAAAGAUUAUGGCACACUAAAAGCUGUUUUCUUAGCUCUACAACCUACAGCUGAGUCUAUGAUUAGAUGGAGUCAAAUGCAAAGGCUAAAUACUACAGAACAAGACUGUGUAAAACCCACAUUCACAGCUCAACACCUAUGCCUAUUUGACCAGUUCUUUCUGUUCCUUUGUCGUGCACGGCAGGGUUUUUUCGCUGCGGAUUUAGCUGUGCGGUUUAAUGCAACAGUCAGCAGGGUUUGUAUAACCUGGUGCAAUUACCUGUACUUUAUGCUUGGUACAUUACCAAUAUGGCCAAGUAGAGUGGCUGUAGAUGAACUGAUGCCACCCUCUUUUAAACUGACAUUCCCCAAAGCACGAGUGAUACUAGACUGUACAGAGAUCCACAUCCAAACCGCAAGCUCAAAAGUUCUUAACACAGUCACAUACUCCCAUUAUAAAGGUACCACCACACUAAAGUCACUGAUUGGUAUUACUCCUUUUGGGUCAAUUAGUCUAGUCAGCAACCUGUACACAGGCUCCAUCUCAGAUAAAGAAAUAACCAAAGAGUCUGGUAUUCUGAGCCUACUUGAACCAGGAGAUGAAGUAAUUGCAGAUAAGGGGUUUCUUAUCAAAGACCUCCUCAGUGAGAUUGAUGUAAAACUUGUAAUUCCUACAUUCUUGGGGCCAAGUGGGCAGUUUAGUAAAGAAGAAAUUACAUACACACAAGAAAUUGCUUGCUUGAGGGUCCAUGUUGAGAGGGCAAUCAGACGCAUUAAAGAAUACCAUAUAUUUGACGGAGUUAUGCCCCUUUCCCUGUGUGGUUCAGUUAACCAGCUAUGGACUGUUUGUGCUCUACUUACAAAUUUUCAGGGACCUAUUUUUUAAAUGUUUUAAUUUAAUUAAUAUUCAAAGUGGAUUAUCGGAUGUUAACAUACAUAGUACAACCAUGAACUAUAUUUUACAAAUUCAGUAUUUUAUUGACUGUACUGGACUUGCUGGACAACAAUCCUUACAAACAUUAACAAACGUAACAUUUAUUCAGCUGUGUUUUAAUGAUGUGUAAUUUUCUGUGUUUAUAAAAUCAAUGUAACAACAAAUUUUAGCUCAUUCUGAACCAAUAAAAACAAUGUAUUUUUCC